CAAACCCUUGAGCGAGGGAAAGAGCUAUGGCGGCAUAUUGUGCGCCCUCUGGGAGUGCGCUUCUUGCUAGGGCUCCGGCACCUAGGGUUUGGAUAGCGGGCGCGAGCGCCGGUUUCGUCGGAUUCAAUGGCGGCAUUCUCCGGCGCGGUAUGUGUCUAGGAUUCAGCAGCGCCUUUAGAAAUGGAAAUGCGGCCGAUAGAUUCGUCACGAGGGCCUCUGCGGCGGCCGAGGCUUCCACAGAUGCGCCAGUAGAUACCGGGCCAGGGAUUACGAUUGAGGAGACUGAUCCCAUCCCUUACAUCAGCGAUCUCUUCACAAACGAUGAAAACGAUCCGGAUGUUCCCACCGAGGGCUAUUCAUCGAUCUCUGACGCUUCCAAGGCGAUUAAAGCGGGCAAGUUUGUGAUUCUUGUCGACCUUGUGGAUGGACGUAGCGUUGGAUACUUGGUGAUGGCAGCGAGUAUGGUUACUCCCGAUCGUCUCCAGUUUGUCGAUCGAUACUGCAUGCAAGGUCUUUUUUGUGUGCUGAGCAGUGAGCGUCUAGACGAGCUCCAAAUUGGUGCGAGAGGAAGCAUGACCGAUGAAGCGAGAGUUUCCGUGGACGAAAGAUCUGGCACUGCAACUGGCGCCUCCGUGGGUGCAAGAACAAACACCGUUUUAGCACUCUUAAAUCCAGAAUCGAAGCCGGACAUGUUCGUAAGUCCCGGAUACGUUUAUCCUCUGCGUUAUCAAGGCUCUGGCAAGCGAGCUGGAACUCCAGAGGCGGCGCUGGAUCUCAUCACUCUGAAUCGCCUGCCGAGGGGCGCCCUGGUUUCUCAGCUGGUCUACGACAAAGAGGAUCUAAAUCCCCGACUCCCAAAGCUCCAGCGAUUCUCCAAGGAGAACUUGAUCCCGAUUCUCUCGGUUACUGACUUAAACAGGUACUUUGCCGAGACCACACUCCACAACUUGACAGUCGUCAACUGGAUCAUGAAGAGCCUCCAGGACGAAAGAGAGCGAUUGCAAAAAGAGACCGGAUCGACGUCUACUGAUAUGAAGUUCUUGAUCGCCGAGAGGGAUCGAUUGAGGAAAGAAAGAGGAGAACCUCCGGUGGAAGAGGGAGAGGGCCAGGGCGGCGCCGCCAAUAAUUUACCCACAAACGGCCUUCCAACGUCGCCUCCGCUACCAACAUCUUAGACUAGAGCUUUAUGUAUGCUUUUGUGACAUGGCGCCUUGUUGGCAUUGUUUUUAGUGAUGUGGCAAUUAAAAUGGUUAAAGAUUAUAAUGGUAAA